CAAUGACCUAGCGUCGAUCGAUGUUAUGGGAAAAUUCACCCAUUUGCAAAUGACACCACAUUAUUUUGGCACAAUAAAAAUAUUUAUGACUUGCAACAAACAAUGAGCAACGAUAUUGCCAUUGUGAAAAAGUGAUGUGGAUUUCAAUAUGUUGACCUUUAACAUCUCCAAAACCAGUUUCCUAACUUUUAAUUGCAAUCUGCAGGAAGAACUUCAGUUAGGUAUCACUGAGAACUUUUUUGUGAUUGCUGAACAACCUCUGUGUGUUUCUGUAAUGGGACUGGUUGGGACUAAAAUAAAGAAUGAGCCAUUAGCAGGAUGUUUCAGAUGGUACCAUGAAGAAUAUACACGAAUAUGCCUGCUUUCAAGGAAAACUGGAAAAUUAACUCAUGUAUUCUACGCAGAAGCCUUUUUUUAUUUGCAUUUUAUAAAUCAGUAUGAAGAUAAUGGCCAUGUGAUAUUGGAUAUUUGUAUUUACAGAGACCCUUCCAUGCUGGAUUGUAUGUAUGUUGAUACAAUGAAGGCAAUGCAGCAGAAUCCCAAUUAUGCGAAAAUGUUCAGGGGUAGACCUGCACGAUUUGUUUUGCCACUGAAUACAGACCCGAUGAAAUCUUAUACUGGAGACAAUUUGGUAAAGUUAAAUGGUACCAAAGCAAAAGCAUUCUACUUACAAAAUGGUGACAUACUUGUUAAACCACAAAAACUGUGCAACCUGGGUUGUGAGACACCAACAAUCAACUAUGAAAUUCAUUUGGGCAAACCAUACCGAUAUUUCUAUGCUAUCAGUUCAGAUGUUGAUGCAGAUAAUCCAGGAACAGUGAUUAAAGUGGAUACUUUGUCAAAUACCACCAAAACGUGGAGUGAAAUCAACUGUUAUCCAAGUGAACCAAUUUUUGUACCAAGACCAAAUUCUAGGUUUGAAGAUGAUGGGGUGGUUUUAACUGCAAUGGUAUGGGGUGAAGACGACACAAACCAUGUUGGAUUGUUGAUUCUGGAUGCAGUAACAUUUAUUGAACUAGGAAGGGCUGAAUUCAGGACGCCAAGUCCUGUCCCAAAAUGCCUGCACGGAUGGUUUUUACCGCAAAGUCAAAAAGAAGGUAAAAUAGAAAACAGUGAAAUAAAAUAA